CUCCGGCAUCCUCCUCCAGAAAACUCCGUUUGGUCAGCCACUUUGCAGACUUUUCCCAACCCACCAAUGGCUUCCACGAUGAGACCUAUGGGCCGGAUGCUCCUGCGGGCAUCUCGCUCCACCCUUCUUCCCGUCGAAUACAGCACCUCCCGCGCAACCCAAACCGCGCUCUCCGUCAGCAAGACCAGUCCUUUCUCCAACAUCCAAAUCGCGAACAAUGGAAUCCUUACAUCCCACCGCGCGUUCUCGACGUCCCCGCUCCGUUCCCGCAAACCCACAAUGGGCCAAUUGAAGGCCCGCCAUUCCACGGGCCCGUUCUCAUGGAAGUCGGCCUUGCUGUUCGUCCUGACGGGCGGUGGCAUGAUCAUCUACUUCCGGGUCGAAAAGGAGCGACUGGAGCGCAAGCGGAUCGCGGAGAUGAGCAAGGGAGUUGGGAAGCCGAGAGUGGGAGGUCCGUUUACGUUGAGGGAUCUGGAUGGCAAGGAGUUCACGGCGGAGGAUUUGAAGGGGAAGUACAGUUUCGUCUAUUUCGGAUUCACCCACUGCCCUGAUAUCUGCCCCGACGAGCUGGACAAAAUGGCCGAAAUCAUCGAUAAGGUGAAGGAGUCUACGAAGGGCGAGAAUAUCUUCCUGCCCGUGUUUAUCACCUGCGACCCCGUGAGGGAUACGCCCGACGUGCUGCGCGAAUAUCUGAAGGAGUUCCACCCCGAUAUCAUCGGCUUGACGGGGACGUAUGAGGCGGUGAAGAACGUCUGCAAGCAGUACCGGGUGUACUUCAGCACGCCGAAGGAUAUCAAGCCCGGGGAGGAUUAUUUGGUGGACCACAGUAUUUAUUUCUACCUCAUGGACCCCGACAACGACUUCGUCGAGUGUAUCGGCCGUCAGGACACACCCGAGUCGGCGACUCGGACGAUCAUGGAACAUAUCAACGACUGGAAGCGGGAGGGCAAGCCCCUCCGGAAGGACUAAACAGGGUGCGAGGACGUGUAUCAUAGACAAUACCCUACUCUGUGGAUGUAAAAUAAGUCUGCCAAUUAGCAUUGCUCAUCACUCA